AUAUCUCAUGCUCAACUCGUGUCUUAGUACAUGCCCUAGAGGUUGACUUCAAAUGUCCACCCUGGGGUGUGCUCCGCAAAAAUGGCGCAAGCAGGUCCUAUUACGGACGUCACUCAACGACUCUUCGUUGAGUUAAAGUCUAAGAAUGAAGAGACGCGGGCGAGAGCUGCUUACGAGCUUUACGAUAAUGUCCUUGCUAUCUCACGAGAUUGGCCUCCAGAGAAAUUCCUCGAGUUCUAUAAUGCUGUUAGUCAGCGCAUUGCACAACUUGUCGUUACAGGCAGCGACGCACACGAACGAAUCGGUGGCCUGUUAGCGCUUGAUCGCCUGAUUGAUUUUGAUGGAGUAGAUGCAGCCCAGAAAACUACUAGAUUCGCCAGUUAUCUUCGGAGCGCUCUUCGCAGCAAUGAUAAUGGGGUGUUAGUAUACGCCGCCAGAGCUCUUGGCCGCCUGGCUAAGCCGGGUGGAGCUCUUACUGCGGAGCUUGUUGAGAGCGAAAUACAAUCGGCUCUAGAGUGGCUUCAAUCUGAAAGACAAGAAAGUCGCCGGGUUGCUGCUGUACUUGUCAUCCGUGAGCUUGCCAAAGGCUCACCAACACUUCUAUACGGCUUUGUCCCUCAAAUCUUCGAGCUCAUUUGGGUUGCGCUUCGAGAUCCGAAAGUACUUAUCCGAGAAACUGCUGCCGAAGCAGUCCGGGAAUGCUUCGAAAUCAUCGCCGCUAGAGAUUCACAGGUUCGAAAAUCCUGGUUCGCACGUAUAUACGAGGAAGCACUUCUGGGCCUCAAGUCUAACAAUGUAGACUGGAUACAUGGGUCGCUACUGGUCCUUAAAGAACUCCUCCUUAAAGGUGCCAUGUUUAUGAACGAACAUUACAGGAAUGCUUGUGAAAUUGUUCUUCGCCUCAAAGAUCACCGUGACCAGAAGAUCCGUGCUCAGGUCGUCCUGACGAUCCCUAUUCUUGCCUGCUACGCCCCCGUUGACUUUACAGAGACGUAUCUUCAUCGUUUUAUGGUCUACCUUCAAGCGCAGCUGAAAAGGGACAAGGAGCGCAAUGAAGCAUUCAUAGCUAUAGGAAAGAUUGCUAACGCUGUCGGUGUUGCUAUUGCGCAAUACCUCGACGGGAUCAUCAUUUACAUUCGGGAGGGCCUGGCCAUGAAAGCGCGAAAUCGUGCUGUUGUCAAUGAGGCACCAAUGUUCGAGUGCAUUAGCAUGCUCUCACUAGCGGUAGGACCAGCGCUCAACAACUACAUGGAAUCAUUGCUAGAUCCGAUAUUUGCGUGCGGACUAAGUGAAUCGUUGACUCAGGCGCUUUUCGACAUGGCGCAUUUUAUACCACAAAUCAAGCCUACUAUCCAAGAAAAGCUUCUGGAUAUGCUAAGUUUGAUUCUUAAAGGAGCCCCGUUUAGACCUUUGGGCUGCCCAGAGAGCAGGUUGCCCCCUAUUCCAUCAUUUGCCAAAGAUUUCGCCCCGCAAGAACUGCAUUCGGAUGCAGAGAUAGCACUCGCACUCCACACCCUGGGAAGUUUCGAUUUCUCUGGUCACAUACUCAAUGAGUUCGUUCGCGAUGUUGCCAUCAACUACGUCGACAACGAUAAUUCGGAAAUUCGGAAAGCUUCGGCACUUACAUGUUGUCAAUUGUUUGUGCACGACCCAAUUAUCAAUCAGACAAGUAGUCAUUCAAUACAGGUCGUUAGUGAAGUCAUUGACAAGCUUCUGACUGUUGGUGUUGGCGAUUCAGACUCAGAGAUUAGGCGUACGGUUUUGUGGUCCUUGGACCGCAAAUUCGACCGCCAUCUUGCACGCCCUGAGAAUAUUCGCUGUUUGUUCCUGGCAGUCAACGACGAAGUAUUUUCCGUCAGAGAAGCUGCUAUCUGCAUCAUUGGGCGCCUCUCAAGUGUUAACCCAGCCUAUGUUUUCCCGCCACUGCGGAAACUGCUAGUCAAUCUCUUGACUGGCCUUGGAUUCGCCAGCACAGCCCGCCAGAAAGAAGAGUGUGCCCAGCUCAUUAGCCUGUUCGUCUCGAAUGCAACAAAACUUAUCAGGUCCUAUGUCGAUCCCAUGGUGACCACUUUGCUCCCAAAGGCGACGGAUACUAACCCUGGUGUCGCUUCGACUACGCUGAAAGCCAUUGGCGAACUUGCAAAUGUUGGGGGUGGUGAGAUGAAGCUGUACCUUCCACAGCUGAUGCCCGUCAUCUUGGAUUCGUUACAGGACCUCUCUUCCCAUGCCAAACGGGAGGCAGCCUUGCGCACUUUGGGCCAGCUAGCAAGCAACUCCGGAUAUGUUAUCGAUCCGUACCUAGAAUAUCCCCAUCUUCUCGCCGUGCUUAUCAAUAUAAUCAAGACGGAACAGACGGGCUCUCUACGCAAGGAGACCAUCAAGCUGUUGGGAAUUCUCGGUGCCCUAGAUCCAUACAAGCAUCAGCAGAUAAGCGAGACUGUGCCAGACAUUCAUCAUAUCAACGAAGUUCAGACGGUCUCUGAUGUGGCCCUUAUUAUGCAAGGGCUCACUCCUUCCAAUGAAGAAUACUACCCGACGGUGGUCAUCAAUACCUUGAUGCAAAACAUACUACGCGAAAACUCCCUCGCUCAAUAUCAUUCAGCGGUGAUUGAUGCAAUUGUCACUAUCUUUAAAACAUUGGGCUUGAAGUGUGUGCCUUUCUUGGGACAAAUCAUUCCUGGCUUCAUAGCUGUCAUCAGAGGAUCACCCCCCAGUCGCCUGGAGUCGUACUUCAACCAAAUGGCAAUUUUAGUCAAUAUUGUAAGGCAGCACAUCCGAGCUUUCCUCCCUGAGAUUAUUGAAGUUGUUCGAGAUUUCUGGGAUGCUUCAUAUCAAGUCCAAGCCACAAUACUAUUGCUUGUGGAGGCAAUUGCCAAGUCUCUAGAAGGCGAGUUCAAGAAAUACAUUGCUGGUCUCAUCCCAAUGAUGCUGGAUACUCUUGAGAAGGACAACACACCACGCCGACAGCCGUCAGAGAGGAUACUUCACGCCUUCUUGAUAUUUGGCACUAGCGGGGAGGAGUACAUGCACCUUAUCGUUCCGUCUAUUGUACGUCUUUUUGACCGAACCCAAAAUCCACAGAGCAUCCGGAAGGCCGCCAUUGAUAGCCUUACAAAAUUGUCACGGCAAGUCAAUGUAUCUGACUUUGCAUCUCUAAUGGUCCAUUCCUUGUCUCGCGUUGUUGCAGGCAACGAUCGAAUGUUGCGACAGGCUGCAAUGGACUGUAUCUGUGCUCUCAUUUUCCAAUUGGGUCAGGAUUUCAGUCACUACGUACAUCUCCUGAACAAGGUUCUGAAGCGUCAUCAGAUCACCCAUGUCAAUUAUCAUAUUCUGGUGGGGAAGCUACAAAAGGGAGACCCACUUCCGCAGGAUCUCAACCCCGACGAGAAUUAUGCUACUUUGGCGGAUGAUGCUAACUAUGCCGAGAUAGGCCAGAAAAAGAUGGUUGUCAACCAGCAGCACUUGAAGAAUGCUUGGGAUGCGUCCCAAAAGUCAACGCGUGAGGACUGGCAGGAAUGGAUACGACGAUUCAGUGUUGAACUGCUGAAAGAAUCUCCCUCUCCAGCUCUCCGUGCAUGCGCUAGUCUAGCUGGCAUUUACCAACCAUUGGCAAGAGACCUUUUCAAUGCUGCCUUCGUCUCCUGCUGGACUGAGUUGUAUGAUCAGUACCAAGAAGAGCUCGUUCGAUCGAUCGAAAAGGCGCUCACAUCACCGAAUAUACCCCCUGAGAUCUUGCAAGUUCUACUCAACCUCGCUGAGUUCAUGGAGCAUGAUGAUAAAGCUCUUCCCAUUGACAUUCGCACGCUUGGCAAAUACGCCGCCAAAUGUCACGCAUUUGCAAAGGCUCUCCACUAUAAAGAACUUGAAUUCGAACAGGAUCAAAAUUCGGGCGCGGUUGAGGCUUUGAUCACCAUCAACAACCAGCUUCAACAGUCUGACGCUGCCAUUGGUAUUCUUCGAAAAGCCCAAGCUUAUCGGGAUGUAGAGCUUAAGGAAACCUGGUUUGAAAAGCUUCAGCGUUGGGAGGAGGCACUGGCAGCCUACAAGCGGCGCGAGAAGGUAGAUCCGGAUUCUUUUGGCGUUACAAUGGGCAAAAUGCGCUGUCUGCAUGCCCUUGGCGAGUGGAAAGUACUCUCUGAUCUCGCCCAAGAGAAGUGGAAUCAGGCCUCAUUGGAACAUCGGAGAGCAAUUGCUCCUUUAGCAGCUGCUGCUGCCUGGGGUCGUGGCCAGUGGGAAUUGAUGGAUUCCUACCUGGGUGUUAUGAAAGAACAGUCCCCAGACCGGUCAUUCUUUGGUGCCAUUCUUGCCAUUCAUCGGAACCAGUUCGAGGAGGCAACAAUGUAUAUUGAGAAAGCGCGGAAUGGACUCGACACCGAACUUUCGGCGUUGCUGGGUGAAUCAUAUAACCGUGCCUACAAUGUCGUCGUCCGUGUUCAGAUGCUCGCUGAACUUGAGGAAAUCAUUACUUACAAACAGAAUGUUGGCGAUCCGGAAAAGCAAGAUUCCAUGCGCCAAACAUGGAACAAACGGUUACUCGGCUGCCAACAAAACGUUGAAGUAUGGCAACGCAUGCUCAAGGUUAGAGCACUGGUUACCUCCCCCCGAGAAAACCUUGAUAUGUGGAUAAAAUUCGCCAAUCUCUGUCGCAAAUCCAAUCGAAUGGGUCUUGCUGAGCGGUCUCUAGCAUCGCUCGAGACUGUUGUCUCGGAUAACAACGGCACCCGAGCCGUUGCUCCUCCAGAGGUCACCUAUGCUCGAUUGAAAUUCAGUUGGGCUACUGGACGGCAGCGUGAAGCUCUUCAGAUGCUGAAGGAGUUCACUACGGGUCUCACUGAAGACUUCACGAGGUUUAAUACUCUCAUGAUCUCGCAGUCAGAACAUAAUGGUAUCAAUGGCGUCAACGGCAUCCAAGACACAAACCACGCAGAUAUGAUGGGUCUGCGAGAGCGCAUUGGGGAUGUGGCUAAAUUUAGAAGGCUUCUUGCUAAGAGCUACCUUAGACAGGGUGAGUGGCAAACUGCUCUGCAAAAGGGGGAUUGGAAACCGGAGCAUGUCCGGGAGGUCCUUAACGCAUAUUCUGCUGCUACAAAGUACAACCGCGACUCUUACAAGGCUUGGCAUUCGUGGGCAUUAGCCAACUUUGAAGUCGUUACAACAAUUGCAAGCCAAGCCAGCAAAGAUGGCGCGACGCUGGCCAUGGUUCCAGGUCACAUUGUCACGGAGCAUGUGAUACCCGCUAUUCGUGGCUUCCUCAGGUCUAUCUCAUUGUCGUCGACAUCAUCUUUGCAAGAUACUCUAAGGCUGCUUACUCUCUGGUUUACUCAUGGUGGCGACCAGGAAGUGAACGCCGUUGUUACAGAAGGAUUCACGGCAAUCAAUAUCGAUACUUGGCUCGCGGUUACACCUCAACUCAUUGCACGAAUUAAUCAGCCGAACAUUCGGGUCCGAAGCGCUGUUCAUCGGCUGCUUGCCGAGGUUGGCAAGGCCCAUCCUCAGGCACUGGUGUAUCCAUUGACUGUUGCGAUGAAAUCAAAUGUUACCCGACGGUCACAGUCCGCGAGUAGCAUCAUGGACAGUAUGCGGCAGCACAGUGUGAGAUUAGUCGAGCAAGCUGAUCUUGUAAGCCAUGAAUUGAUUCGUGUUGCCGUGUUAUGGCACGAGCUCUGGCACGAGGGCUUGGAAGAAGCAUCUCGUCUCUAUUUCGGCGACCACAAUGUUGAGGGAAUGUUUGCAACUCUUGCGCCACUCCACGAAAUGCUUGACAAAGGUGCUGAGACUUUACGUGAAGUAUCUUUUGCGCAGGCCUUUGGGCGUGAUCUUGCGGAGGCGAAGCAUUACUGCAUGUUGUACCGUGAAACCGAGGAGAUUGGCGACUUGAACCAGGCUUGGGAUCUUUAUUAUACCGUUUUCCGGAAGAUAAGCCGACAACUUCCGCAAUUGUCUACACUUGACUUGAAAUAUGUCUCUCCCAAACUCAAAGAUUGUGUGGACCUUGAUCUUGCCGUUCCGGGCACCUAUCAAAGCGGUAGGCCAAUCAUCCGUAUCAUGAGCUUUGACCCUAUACUUCAUGUCCUUCAAACCAAGAAACGGCCACGCAGAAUGACCCUGAAGGGUAGCGAUGGCAAUUCAUACAUGUACGCACUUAAGGGACAUGAAGAUAUCAGGCAGGACGAGCGUGUUAUGCAGCUCUUCGGCCUCGUGAAUACGCUCCUUGACAAUGAUAGCGAGAGCUUUAAACGUCAUCUUUCGGUACAGCGAUUCCCAGCCAUUCCAUUAUCUCAGAGCUCUGGUAUCUUGGGAUGGGUCUCGAAUAGUGACACACUACAUGCACUGAUUAAGGAAUACCGAGAGUCUCGCCGUAUUCUCCUGAAUAUUGAACACCGUAUCAUGCUACAAAUGGCACCGGAUUAUGACAACCUUACUCUCAUGCAGAAGGUGGAAGUCUUUGGAUAUGCCAUGGACAACACCACCGGGAAGGAUCUGUACCGAGUCCUGUGGCUUAAGAGCAAAAGUUCAGAAUCUUGGCUUGAGCGACGGACAAAUUACACUCGGUCUCUUGGUGUCAUGUCAAUGGUGGGUUACAUCCUGGGUCUGGGCGAUCGUCACCCAUCCAACCUUCUAUUGGAUCGAGUUACUGGAAAGGUGGUCCACAUUGAUUUCGGCGACUGCUUCGAAGUUGCAAUGCAUCGGGAGAAAUAUCCGGAAAGAGUUCCAUUCCGACUGACUCGGAUGUUGACUUUUGCAAUGGAAGUCAGCAACAUUGAAGGAAGUUAUCGGAUCACAUGUGAGGCUGUCAUGCGUGUUCUAAGAGAGAACAAAGACUCCUUGAUGGCUGUUCUGGAAGCUUUCAUUCAUGAUCCCCUGAUCAACUGGCGUCUAGGAAUCCGUGAGUCGCCGGAUCGGAUGCCAUUCUCAUCAGAGCGCCGGCAAUCAAUUAUUGGUAAUAUCAACACUGAGCAAGGCGUUCAACCCAGCAAUUUCUCUCGUCACCGGCGGCCGUCCAUCCUUGAAGGCGGCAUUCUCGACGCUCAGGAAGGCAUCCCUAACGAGGCCCGCGAAGCACAGAAUGCACGAGCGCUGCAAGUUCUGGCGCGAGUCAAGGAGAAACUAACUGGUCGGGACUUUAAGCCCUCUGAAGAGCUCAAUGUCAGUGAUCAGGUUGAUAAACUCCUUGCGCAGGCAACUAGCGUUGAAAACAUAUGUCAGCACUGGAUUGGAUGGUGCAGUUUCUGGUGAUCAUUUAACAUUGUUUCUCUCUGGUGAAUAUGUCUCUAGGAGUAUGACGGCGCAUGUUGCGAUAUGACGGAUUUUGCAUGGCUCGGGUUUAAUACUUGUUUUUUUAUUUUCAUUUUCAGCCUGUAGACUUAUUCUGUUCUAUUGAUUCCCGUUGCUAUACCACGGGUAUGGGCAGUCGGGAGCUGUGUUCAUAAUAAUAACAUCUGACGUCUCA